UCAGUCUAAAGUCGACAUGCCACGCACCAAAAUAGGAAAACGUACCCGUCAGCAGAUGCGCCUGGAUGCGGAGCGGGAGGAGCAGCUGCGCAUGGCACAGAUGAAACUGGAGUCGUCGCUGGAGAAGAUCGAUGAACUUGGCAAGCGCAGCGUGCAGCAGGUGAACAAUCAGCUGCAGCUAAUAUUGGCGCGCACCCAUCAGCAUGUGCUGCAGAUGAAGUGGAGCGAGUUUCUCAAGCUCAAGCUGCACCACUUUGAGGACUAUCAGUGGAUAGCGCCCAAACCGCCUACGAAGCGCAGCCAGUCCAUUACGCGCAGCGGACGCUUGCGCACGCCACAGCAGCCGCUGUCGGCGCGCCCUCAGGUACAAUCCGUGGACCGGGUCCGUGGCAUGGUCCGGCGCGCCGACUUACCAGCUGUGGCUCUGUUACGCUGGCCCAAACCGGGAGAGGUGGCUCUCUCCACGGGCGGCAGCCCGCUGGCCGUGCAGACUUUUCCGGAUCGUUGCGCCAACGUGCACAUACCGACCAAGCUGGGCGUGCUCAAGCUGAAGCCGCAAAAGAUGUCCGAGGUGAAGCGCGAGGUGCUCAAGCAGUUGGACUCGGCUACUUUGAAUCAGAUUAAAACCCUUAACUCCAAUCUGCACAUGAUUGUCGACAUGGCCACCAAGUUGCGCAAGUUCUAGUGGAUUGGCAGG